AUGACCGAAAUUUUAGUAAAGGAGCAAUUCGGCUCCGAAGGAGACAUCUUCACCUACAUAAACAAAUCCGGACAGAAUGAAAUCAAGCAGAUCAAAGUGCGCGGGGCCGUGUCGGCCUCCCUGCGUUCCCUCGGCCAGUUUUUCAAAGACAUCCUCCUGCCCUACGGCUACCCGAGCAGCGUCAGCGACGACUACACGGAGUACCAAAUAUGGGACACCGCGCAGUGCUUCUGCAGCACCAUCAUAGGCGCCUUCAGCACCAGGGCCAUCCUGAAAGGAGUCGGCGUGGGCAACCAGGAAAUCAACGCCCUCUCGGCGGCCGUUACGUGGAUCCUGAAAGACGGCUCGGGAAUGAUCGGGAGGAUCGUGUUCGCCUGGUGGAAAGGGAAUGAUUUGGAUUCGGACUGCAAGAAAUGGAGGUUUUUCGCCGAUGUUAUAAACGACAUGGCCAUGACGGUGGAGCUGGUUUUGCCCUAUUUUUCGCAAUUUUCCAUGCAUUUGUUAUGCCUCACCUCGACAAUGAAAUCAUUAGUUGGUAUUGCUGGCGGGGCAACUAGGGCUUCCAUAACGAAUCACCAAGCUAUUAGAGAUAAUACAGCGGAAGUAUCAGCAAAAGACGGUACUCAAGAAUGUCUGGUGAAUUUAUUCGGGAGCAUACUUAGUAUAUAUUUGUUGAAUGUUUUUAAUGAAUCAAAUUCAGAUUGGUUGCUGAUGUUCCUAUUGAUGUUCUUCCACCUUCUGACGAACUACUGGGCCGUGAAAGCCCUUAUAUUCAAGACUUUCAACAAGCAAAGGCUGGCUUUAGUUUUGAGGAGCUACUUCAAUUUAAGCACGGUGCUGAGCCCGCAGAAAAUCAACGAGAACGAGAGCGUUCUCUUGGGAUUCGGAAGCGACGUGUGUCAGUUUUGCGGUUUCGAAAUACUGGCCGGCGUGUCGUUGAAAUCUGCCGCAGAGAAAUUUACAGCGGCGGAUUUUAAAGAGAUUCUGAACGUGUACGAGAACCAAGACUAUUUGCUGUUGGUGGAUUUACAACGAAGGACGAUUUAUAUAGUUUUGAGUAAAGGCGAAUCGACUGAGAAAGUGAUCGCGGCGCAUUUUCACGCCGUUUGCCUGGCGAUAGCCACUUGCUUGUACAACGGGAUUCAGUUGGAUAUAUACGAUAAAAGGCAGAGGAACCAUCGGACGCCUUUGGAUAGGCUGCAUUCGUUCAUGAAAGCCUACCAGCCGGCUACGAAUUUAAUGAACAUCCCUCACCAUUAUUUGGUGGAUUUCCAGGAUUUCGUGAAACAGGAAUAUUCCAUGUUUCACACGGCUAUGCAGAUAAACGGUUGGAGUUUGGGCUCGCAUUCGUUGAACCUCGGCCAGUACCGGUGCGACUGGAAGCAUUGCGGAAAGAAUAAUUAG